AGUGGCUCAGGUGCUCUCCAGUCCCAACUAAGGCCGCAGUAGCAGCAGCAGUAGCAGCGACGGCCAGCUGCGGUUGCUAAGCAACGGGUGUGUGGGCGGCGCGAGGCGGAGAGGGGGCGUGGCCGUCCGAGGCGAGGCUGAAUCAGUAGCAGCAGCAGCAGCAGCAAGCAUCUCAUUUGAGAGAGCGAGGCGACGACGACGGUCGCACACCUGCCUCUCUCUGGCCGCCCUUGUCUCUUUCUAUUUCUUUCCCUUCCUCCGCAACGCCAUGGCUGGUGGGCUCCAUCCUCCUCCCGCGGAUGCUGUGGGGAGCUGCUGGUCCUCCAUCUCCAUCUCUUCGCCUCUUUGUACCGGGAGAAGGUACCUCUCUCUGGUUCUGGUGCUGCUUUGGGCCGGUGCUGUCACUCGAGGGGAGAACCUGCACGCCUGCAAAGAGUCUGAAUACCACUAUGAAUACACAGCAUGCGACAGCCUAGGCUUCAGAUGGAGAGUAGCAGUGCCACACACUCCAGGACUCUGCACCGGCUUGCCAGACCCCAUCAAAGGCACAGAAUGCUCAUUUUCCUGCACAGCAGGCACAUACUUGGACAUGAAAAAUCAGUCGUGUAAGCCAUGUGCAGAGGCCACAUAUUCUCUGGGGACCGGCAUCAGGUUCGAUGAAUGGGAUGAGCUGCCCCAUGGCUUUGCCAGUGUAGCAACCAACCUUGAAAUCGAUUACAGCUCCACAGAAUCCUCAGAAAACUGCACAAUGUCAACGUGGGCUCCUAAGGGAGAUUACAUUGCCUCCAACACAGAUGAGUGCACUGCCACUCUGAUGUAUGCGAUUAAUCUCAAACAAUCUGGCACCGUCUCCUUUGAGUACAUCUACACAGACAGCAGCAUCGUCUUUGAAUUCUUUAUUCAGAAUGAUCAGUGCCAGCCCACAGUAGAGGAAUCACGAUGGAUGACAACCACAGAGAAAGGCUGGGAGACGCACAGCGUGAAGCUUAGUCGUGGCAACAAUGCCUUAUAUUGGAGAACAACAACCUUCUCUGUGUGGUCCAAAACUCCCAAGCCUGUGUUGGUGAGGAACAUUGCAAUUACAGGAGUGGCCUAUACUUCUGAAUGCUUUCCUUGUAAGGCUGGCACCUACACAGCCAAAUCAGGUUCUUCAUUCUGCCGACCGUGCCCGGCAAACUCCUUCUCCGGCAAGGGAGCAACUGCCUGCCAGCAAUGUGAACCAGCAAUGUACUCAGAACCAGGUUCUUCAUCAUGCAAGCCUCGCCCAGCCUGUACAGAUAAGGAUUAUUUUUAUACUCACACAGCGUGUGAUACAAAUGGAGAGACUCAGCUAAUGUACAAAUGGGCUGAGCCAAAGAUCUGCAGUGAGCAUCUUCCAAAUGCUGUUAGGUUGCCACUAUCAGCCAUAAAAACUGUGUGUCCACCUUGCAACCCUGGAUUUUUCAAGACCAACACCAGUUCCUGUGAGCCCUGCCCAUAUGGAACAUAUUCAAAUGGGUCUGGGUGUGUCAACUGCCCUGUUGGGACUGAGCCAGCACUAGGCUUUGAAUACAAAUGGUGGAACACUUUACCAUCUAACAUGGAGACAACAGUCCUCAGUGGAAUUAGUUUUGAAUACAAGCAAAUGACAGGAUGGGAAGUGGCUGGAGAUUAUAUCUACACAGCUGCUGGAGCUUCUGACAAUGACUUCAUGAUUUUGACAUUGUUGCUUCCUGGAUUCAGUCUUCCACAGACAGUAAUGGAGGACUCCGAAAAUAAGAAGAUAGCACAAAUCACAUUUGUCUUUGAAACUGUCUGCAGUGUAAAUUGUGAGCUUUAUUUCAUGGUGGGUGUGAAUUCUAGAACGAACACACCGGUGGAAACAUGGGUUGGAUCGAAGGGAAAGCAAUCCUACACAUACAUCAUUGAGAAGAAUGCAACCAUGAGCUUCACAUGGGCCUUCCAAAGGACAGCAUACCAUGAGGCAGGAAGAAAAUACACAAAUGAUGUUGCCAAGAUAUACUCUAUCAAUGUGACCAACGUCAUAGAUGGUGUAGCUUCCUACUGCCGACCAUGUGCUCUUGAAUCCUCUGGCUCAUCCUGUACUUCCUGUCCCCAUGGGCACUACAUUGACAGAAAUUCUGGUGGCUGCUAUCCAUGUGCAUCAAAUACUUACCUGAAAGCUCACCAGCCUUAUGGUAAACAGGCUUGCAUCCCUUGUGGUCCUGGCACAAAAAACAAUAAGAUUCAUUUCCUCUGUUAUAAUGAUUGUCCUCUCACUCAGUAUGGAUGGUAAGAACUCUGAGUUAGACUUCUCAGCACUGGCCACAGCACGUCCUUUUAUGGGGCCCCAGUUUUACCCUUAAAAAGACUGAAGUAUUUUCAUCACUUCAACAUUAGUUCUGUGGGCUCAGGAAGGAAGAUAGCUACUUGCAUUGAUAAUGUCACUGAUAUACAUGUCCUUGGCAAGGAGACAGAAUUCUCCAAAUCAACUUCCUCCUAUGUAUGCCAGUCCAUUAUUGUUCCUUCUGAAGUGAUGGGCUAUAAAACAGUGGUAUCUUCACAGCCUGUGAGCCUGGCUGACCAUUUUGUAGGGGUAACAACACAACCUACUCUGGACAAUAUCACUUCUCUUGCUGACUACUUCCCUGCUGAGAAUGUGGGCUUACCAGAUGUGAUAUUCUUUUACAGAUCCAGUGAUGUGACACAGAUGUGUAAUAAUGGGAGAGUCACUGCCAUCAGAGUGAGAUGUAAUCCCCUAAAGCCCCAGUCUGGAACGCUUUCUGUGCCAAACAAAUGCCCUGAUGGAACCUGUGAUGGAUGCACUUUUCAUUUCCUGUGGGAGACAGUUGAAGCUUGCCCGCUCUGUUCUACAGAUGAUUACCAUGCUAUCACCAGUGCCUGUGUUGGAGGGAUACAGAGAACCACAUAUGUCUGGCGGGAGCCAAAGCUAUGUGUAGGAGGCAUCCUGCUCCCAAAGGAGAAAGUCAGCAUCUGCAAAACCAUGGACUUCUGGCUCAAAGUAGGGAUCUCAGCUGGGACCUGUACUGCUGUCCUGCUGACUGUUAUGACUUGCUACUUCUGGAAGAAAAAUCAGAAGUUAGAAUAUAAAUAUUCCAAGCUGGUGAUGAAUGCCAGUGCCAAGGAUAGUGAGUUGCCAGCUGCUGACAGUUGUGCCAUCAUGGAGGGGGAAGAUGCAGAGGAUGACUUGAUAUUCGCAAGCAAGAAUUCUCUUUUUGGCAAAAUAAAGGCUUUCACUACCAAGCGAACAUCUGAUGGUUUUGACUCUGUGCCACUGAAGACUUCCUCUGGUACCACUGACAUGGAUCUUUAGGAGUGGAUUAUUUACCUCUCAUGCCUUUGCUGCAGGAUGCUUUGGGAGUCCUCCUUAGUUAAUACCUGCACUUUGAUGAACUUGCCAUGUGGCCUUAUUGGAUUCUCUUUAACUUCAGCUUCUUAUUGUACUUUUUAAAGUCGAAAAUUUUAACAUUCCCUUCAAAAGAAAAACUGUGCCAAAUACAAGUGUGCUUUUAAAAUUAUAUGUAGAUAUAUAUUUGUAUGUCUCUUGCACGUCCUGUCCCCCUUUCUGUGUUGUGCCCAGAAUCUUGAAUUUUAACCCUUUUAUUCAAAGUGGCAAUGUUUGUGUUUUAACUCUUUCCUGUGACCACAAAUGGCUAAACUACCCUAAAGUAUCAUUGUGGGAAUGCUCCUAAGGCUGCAGUCCUUACCUAGGAAUAAUUCCAUUGAACUUGGGAGGGAUUACUUCUAAGCAGAUAUUGGUAGGGUCUAGCUGUAAUUCUUCUAUCCAUGCAAUCCUUCUUGUGGCUGACAAUACUAUUUUAUCUUGUAAAAAGCUUUCCCAAUGUGCUAGUGCAUAGGUUUCUGCCCAAACCUCCUUAAAUACUGUCUUAGCAGAAGGUCUGUAGUGCUCUGAUCAUUCUGGAGAUCAUUGUAUCUGGGAAGGAACAUACUUUAGGCACUGCAGAUCAUUACAGCAUAGAAAAAACAGCUGUAUUCUCUUCACUUUUUUGUACAAAGGUAACCUGUCUUAAGAAGAAAAGUCAUACAACCAUGUAUCCUGUUACCACCCAAGAGGGGAUGGCCACUCCAUUUGGCAUUCAGUCAGCCUAGCAGGGCUUCCAAGAAAUCCUAAUGAAAUUUCAACACAGGACUCUGUCCUUAGGCUAUGUAAAUUAUAAGUAUUCAGGCAAUGACUGCAACGAUUAAGUUUGCCCCCUGUACAGCAUGCAGAGGCUACAGAAUUAGUCAUUUCUCUAAUUCUCUCUAGAUCAAGGUAUGUGGAGGAACAUCUGUGGAAAAAAAUGUCACCCUUGAAUUACAGACUUUAGUUAAGAGGCAAAUUUGGAUUUCUUUCACUUGGGAAACAGAUUACAUGCUUAGCAUUUUUACAAUUCAAACACAACCUCUUUUGUUUUAAGUAUGUUCCCUUCUUCCUUUUCCAAUUUUCUCAAAAUUAGAUUUUGUUUUUAACACCCUUUAAAUAUUAGACAUAAUUAUACUAAAGACCACAGAGGAAACUCUGGAAGAGCUGAAACAGUUUUUGCCAGUAUUGAUGCACAUUAGUGUGAAAAUGCCAAAACUUAUGCAGUGUUCCUGUGUAAUCAUUUGAAUCCAGUCAGUUGUAGCAGUGAUGAAUGUGAAACUUUCCCAUUCCACCUGUUCCAUUGUAGAUAUUAUGGCUUCUGAUCAGGAAAAUCUGAUUCUCUUUCACUGGAGAUGGCCAAUUACUAAUCAAAGGCAAUGCCUUCUGUUUCUGUAUAUUGACUGCAUUAAAAACUAGAGCUUGAAAAAAAGUUUCUUUUUGGAACUAAAACUUCCAGAAUCCCCCAAGGCCAUGGCACAAGCGGGGAGGAGAGUUGCAGUGUUAUAUAAAAAAAUCUUCCCAAUCUUUUUUUUUUAAACUUUUGCUCCUGAGUUAAUUAAGUCAACAUCUACUGGUAACUGACAAACCAAUGUUGACAGAUUUCAUCACUUUUGUUUGUUCUGAUAGGUUAGAAUAGUCUUUAAUACUAUUCAGUUAAUAAUAGAAAUGAACAAAAGUCCAGACCGUUCUUUCACACUGCAAUCAUUUAAGUGUCAAAUCCCAUAGAGUUCAACAGGCCUUAUUCAUAGGUAAGCAGAUAUAGAAUUGCAGCCUUAAGUCAUUCAAGUUUAAUUCCAAUGACAUUAUAAUUUUCCUUGAUAUACCUCUGGUUCCUAUACCUCUGCUUUGCUCUCUUUGUACUGUAGAAAUGAGCCUGUUUUUUAAAAAAACAACAACAACAAAUGUUACAUCGUACUUUCAGAUUUGUACUCCCAGUCAAAAAACAUUAAUGCAGAUUUCUAUCCACACUUUUUCUAUUAGCAUGCAUUCAAAGGGCCUGGGGGAGGGUCCACUCUUUCCCUAAUUAUGUGAGUAAGAGAGGGUGUUUCCUCAAAUAGUAACUAAUUAUUUCAGUCAUUUUGACAGUGCAAUUUCAUGUCACUUUUUUAAAAGAAAAAAUGUUUAAGCCCGUAAUUUAUUUUGGAAAUAAAUAAUUCUCCAGGCAGCUAGCAGGAACUGAUGCUAUUAAAAGAAAAGAAGGCUAAAUUUAUUUGGAUUUGAUUUUGUUUCUUGGUUUAUAUAAUUGUUAGUUGCUGUUACAAUAUAGAUUACUCAUAUUGGUUUCAAAAGAGACUAGGUAAUUCUCUUGAAAUAUCAUUUAAAAUAAUAUCAAAUCAUAGGGAAUUGGAAAAUAAGUCAGAGAUGUGGAAUCUUUGACCGUUUGGAUGUUGAUGGAACAGUGUCCCUCAACAUUGGCCAUGUUGGUGAGUGCUGAUGGGAAAUACCUAAAGGGCCACAAACCCCCUAACUCUGCUUUAAAUCCAGCUGGCCAGUCACUGCUGCUAUUCAGUGGUUAGAAAGACAUGAAGUUGUGAUUGGUCAUAUUGCAAUUAUUAAGAAAUAGAAAUGAGGUGUCUUAACUGUAUGUCCAGUGUGCAUACAUAUAAAGAUCACAAUUGCACAGGUCUCCAGUUAGCUAAUAGGCAUGAUUUUGUUACUGCUUGAGCUUGCCUGCACAAUUUGUGAUGUACAAGUUGAAUGCAGUGAUGUAUUUGGCAUGCCAGAUGCUUGACAAUGCCUGGUUUUCACAGUCCUGCGGAAAAUGGCUAUAAUAGGGAGGCUAUAGAACACCCGGAGCUGCCAGACUUGGUAAGUUUGUUGCAUUUUGCCUGAUAAGGUACAAAUUAUGCAAGCCCAAGUGAUAUAGCUUAAACAUAAAGUCACUUUCAGCAAAUGCAGCCAAAAUGGAGUAAUUCAGAAGUACCAUAAACCUCUGUUUUUCUUUAAUCAGAUUCUAGCUUGUUUACUAGAGAAUACAAAUAGAUCUGUUCCUGUACAAGUGAAUCUCACCUGUGGCUACUAACCAAACUUAGCAUCCUCUCUCUCAAGCCACAAAUGUUAGAUGCUACUGCUACUGCUACUACUACUAAUUUCCGAAUAGAAGAAAAUGUGCAUAUCAACUGAGCUGAAACAAAGACUGAGGUUACGGUGAAGCAUUCAAAUCUGGAGGAUGAGAAAGCUGAACUUAAAGGGCACUAUAGAAACAACUUUUAUUUUGUUGUAUCUGGAAACCUCUAGGUGGCUAUUACACCAUUCUGUGCAACCAAAAGGUAUUUGGGGAUAAUCAGAAGUAUACUGUCCCUGACUCAGAGAUGACUAAACCAGCAUCUUACCCUUUUAAUGCACAUGAAGGCUUGGCCUAGCAUGGAAAAGGUGUAUUAAUGGCUCACGCUGCCAUGGAAGAAAUUGUCAAUGGUGACCAGAGGUGUUGGAAAGCUUUCCAUUUCUCAGUGUAUUCAGGAAGAAAGAUCAAGAAAACCAAAUAUUAUUUUAGAUUCAAAAGACACUCACAUGCAAACUCAGUGCUAGCCUAAUCCAGCAUUACAGAAAGAUGGUUGAAUGCAUUUAAAGUCAAGCUAGAUAAUCUAAACCUAUAUGGGAAAAGCAUAUUUUCAUGCCCAGAAGUAGAUAUGGCAAAGAUACAUCAUUGAUAAUUUUCAAAAGCAUUGGCACAUGCUACCAGGGUGACUUCACUGCUUUACUAAAAUGUAGGCAUAAUAAUAUGAUAAAUAUAUGUCAUUUGUUCAGCAGCCUAACUAGGGAGGGAAAGAUGGCAGGACAAUUGCACAACCUAGAUGUGAAGUGAACCUUUAAAAGACAUAAUACUGACAGAAAUAAUUUUGAAUGAUAUAAUAUUUUAUUUUUGGUUUAGAAAGUUGUCAAAACAUUAAGUGAAAUCAACGAAAUAUUAAGUUACUCAGAGACUCAGACAGUCAGAGUAGCAUACCUAUAACUUUGCUUUGAUUCUCUAACUGCAAUAUAACAUGGUAAGUUCUGCAAAAUGUUGGGUGGGUGCAAUGGGGAGAUGAAAAUGAAAAGAUGAUACGAAAAGGCAGUGGGUGUUUUGUGCCAUAUCAUUUAAGUUAAAUUGUAAUAGAACAGUAAGCUUAGCAGCCACCUGUGAAAAUUUGGAAUUUCAGCAGCAAUAGAAGCAGCUCUAAAGAUUCAGAACCAUUCUCACUGAAGAUUUUAGCAAUGCCCAUUUUUAUAUAUUCAAAUUCCUUAUCUAAUACAAAUAUAAAAUACAGAUGAAAGGACAUUCCUUCUGGAUAGAUAUGACAGAGGGUAGGAAGCAGAGAAAGAACCAAAUUGGAGCCAAACAUAGGAAGAGAAAUUACUACCCAUGAGCUCUGCAUUUCUUAACUAACUGCUGGGAGUGUACCUUAUUUUCAGUGCUUUGAAAUUUCUUACCUGACGUCAAUAUCUGAACUUUCUAAUCUGCCAUUUAUGUGAAUGUGGUCCUCCUGUAAUUCAUUUGAUGCAAUCCUGUUAUACUGAGUGACAAAUAAGAUCAGAAGGAUAUUGUACAGUACUUAUUUAAUAGUACAGUAUCACUGCUUCUGUUUUUGUAUGAAGUUGUGAUUUAUUAUUCUGGCUUUCUGUCUCUGCUAUAUUUUGUACAUGCUUGAAAACAGUUUUUGUAUCAAAUUGUAAUCUUUACAGACUAUGACCUUUGUAAUAUAUGAUCAACAUACCAGAUAUUUUAGUGUCCUAGAAUUAAUCUGCAAGGACUUUUUAUGUGUAUGGACAAAUUAUAAAAGUGUUAUUCAGGGACUACAAUACCUUUCUUACCUAGAUGACAAUGAAUUUUGCAACUCUGAGUGUGUAAAAGAAUUGACUGGAUUAUAUUUAUAAAAUUGUGUUUUUUUCAGCUUUGUGAUGAUAAAACUGCAGGUUAUCUUGCGUGUAUGCAAGAUCCCUUUUAUAUAUGAUCUUAAUAGAAUUUUAUAGUAACGGGAGGCAAGAGUUGCAUGUACAGUUUUGGUUUUAAAACAAUGUAACUUCUGACUACUUUUAUGUGAGCAAUCUCUCUUUUGGGUGAGGUAAGAGAAACUAAGUAAAG